AUGCGUUUCGCUCUUUUAUGUUCAAUCGCCCUUGGGGCUAACACUGCCAUUGCGAGUGUUUGUAAACCUCGUCAGUCGAGUGAUACCAGUGUUGUGUCCGUAGAGGUUACGACCUCGACUGCUGCUGUGCCCAGUUCUCCUACAAGUACAGAGCUUGAGACGACUGGUGAUACAACCUCAGCUACAACCAUCGCGACUUCAGGUGUCGAAGUCACCACUACCACCACUGAGUUUCCCACGAGUGUCGCGACGUCAAUUUCCGAACACGAAACCACCACCGAAACAACAACCCUCGCCGAAAUGACUACAACCGCCGCUCAAUCCCUAGAAACAUUCCAAGUCAUCGCUCCAGGCCACAACUUCCAAGAUGAACACCUAAUCGGUCGAAAAUCCACCUCCCAACGAAUGGGUUUCGAUCUCGAACCCAGCGCCAACCUCCCAACCCUCACAUUCUCCAUCGAGGCAGAGACAUCCUUCGCCCGCGAAGUUGAAGGCAUGUAUUGGUGUAUAGAAUACGGCUCGCCCUACUCACCAGGCGACCUCCGGCUCUGCGACAAGGACAAUCUACGCAACGGGCUCUGGGGACUUCUCACCUGUGAACAGACUGAUGUUCGCGGUCUUGAGUGUUCUGUGCCGGCGAGGUCAUGCGGGUUUGAUAUGAAUAAUGGUCAGAUGGCGUGUAAUGACUUGGGAGGUGAUUUUACACAGUUUUACUUGGCGAAGAAUGGGAAUCUGGAUGGGCUUACUCUUGCUUUGGGUUCCAAGGAUCAUCCUCCUUCUUCAGACUGGUAUACGGCGGUUGAGCUCGAGGUUACUCCAGCCCGCGCUAAAUGA